GAGUUUGAUAAACAGUGUUUACCUGAGUUAGCCGCUCGGCAUUUGCAAGUUUCUUUUUUUCUAUUAACAAACAAAAAAAAAAAUAACUCGUGGUCGCGCGCGAACAAAAAGUAGAGCACACAAUAAUGGCCGACGAUACGAAUGAGGAUAGCUGGCUGUACGGCACCUCAAAUCCGGACUCAACGACCAACGAAAUGACAAACGGCAGCGAUCCAUUGGCGGCGGAACACGAGGCGCUCGCAGCGGUGACCGGCGAGAAGCCUGGAACGGCUGGAUUGCUGCCCCCCUUUCCCAAGGCGGAGCUGCUCGAGUUCGCCGACGACUUUGAGGAUCCCGCCAAGGAAAUGGAGGAGGACGAGGAGGCGCUGCCCGACACAACGGACAACAGCAAAGCCAGCGUUGCGCCGGCAACCGCCCUAGAUGCUGGCUCCGCUGGCGCAUCAAAUGAUCGAAUCGAAGUCGGCUCGCCGGACAUCGAUGCUGAGAUGGCCGAUGAUAUGACGGAGGAGGGGACGAGCAGUACAACGGUGCAGCGCAAGGAGCGCAAUGGUUCCGGUUCGGAGGAGGAUGACGAUGAUGAUUCGGAUGAUGAUAUCAAUGUGGUCAUUGGCGAUAUCAAGUCAGCGCCGAGCACAUACAACAUUAAGCAGCGACCCAAUUUGCUGGCGGGCGCAACGGCGGCGGACAAGGCGAAACCAUCGGCCCAGGCUGGCAAAUUCAGCAUCGAGGAUUUCGAGGGAGCGGGCACAAUUAAUGGUGUUGCCGUUCACGAGUUCAGCAUCGAUUCGCUAGAGGAGAAGCCGUGGCGAAAGCCCGGCGCUGAUAUCACCGACUACUUUAACUAUGGCUUCAACGAGGAGACGUGGCGCGCCUAUUGUGAGCGACAGAAGCGCUUUAGGGUUGCGGAGAGCGGCGUCGGUUUGGCCAGUCUCACCCAGAAUGUGAAUCAGAGUGCCGCCUCCAUGAUGAUGCCUGACGGCAGCAGUAGCGGCAGUGGCAACAUCUCUGGCGGCGUCGGCGGAGGAGGCGGCGGCGGUGGGGGUGGCGUUGGCGGUAACCUCAUUAUGGGAGGACCCAUGGGCAUGGGUGGCUCCAUGCAUCAUCACCAGCACCAACAGCAGCAGCAGCCGCUAAUGGUGAUGGGUGGUGAUGGAGCCAUGCAAAUGCCACCGCCAGGCAUGCCACCCAUGAUGCAGCAUCAGCCACGUCCCGGCAUGGGCAUGAUGGCCCGGCCGCCACGUCCCAUCUCGACAACGGGUGGUGUCAAGGAGAACGCCAUACAGGUGAUGACGGCCGAGUGUCGCGAGUAUUCACGCGGUGGCCCUGGUCCAAUGGCGCCAAAUUUUCCGCCACCAGGCGCCUCCGAUGAGCCGUAUUUCCACGAGCCGGAACCCUUUGAUUAUGGCUACGAGCCGACACAGGAGUCCCAGUGGGGCAAUGACAAUGCCGGCUGGGUGCCCACCGGCAUCAAGGAACUUACGCCAGGACCCGCACACCAUCCGUCCCAGCAGCAGCAACAGCAGACGCCGCCGCAGCUGGGAAUGCCGCCACAAUUGAAUGUACCGCCGCCACAAAUGGGCGGACCGCCGCCACAGCUACGUGGACAGCAUGCGCCGCCCGGCAUGAUGCCGCCCAACAUGCGCAUGCCGCACAACAUGGGCAUGGGUCCACCGCCAGGCAUGAUACGCAUGCCGCACAACAUGAAUAUGGGACCACAGCAACGCAUGCCAGUUGGUGGCAGCAACAGUGGCAACAGCAACAACAGCAAUAUGCCGUCGUCGUCUUCCUCAGAUCGCAGAUCCGAUAGCUAUGAUGAUGAUCGCGAGCGCCGUCGACGUGAGAAGGACAAGCAGCUAAAAAAAGAGCAGCUACGCAAAGACUUUCUGGACAUGCUGCGGGAGCGGCACGACAUUGAGCGCCAUACGCGCUGGUAUGACAUUAAGAAGAAAUUUGAAACGGAUCCGCGAUAUCGGGCACUGGAAUCGGCCUAUCGCGAGGAGUACUUCGAGGACUAUCUGCACAUACUGAAGGAGGAGAAGCGCAAGGAGCGCGAGCACAAGGAGCGCGAUAGGGAACGCAGCACGCGCGACCGUCGCUCACGUGAUAAGGACAAGGAGAAGGAGAAGGAGAAGGAAAAAGAGAAGGACAAAGAUAAGGAGAAAGAGAAGGAGAAGGAUAAGGAUAAGGAUAAAGACAAGGAGAAGGAGAAGGAGAAGGAUAGUUCAAGACGUGAGAUUCGUUCGCGAUCCCGGGAAAAAUCGAGCCGCCGGAAAUCCAAGUCACGCGAAAAGGAACGCAGCGAGCGGAAUAGCAAGCAAAGCAGCUCCUCAACUUCCGGUUCUUCCAGUCGAACUGAGAAGAAAAAAUCACAUCGCAAAGACAAAGAGGAGGAGGAAUAGCAUUUAUUUAGGUAUUAUAUGGAAGACGAGCAGACCGUUCUCUGAGCUGCCCACACACACAAACACACGCAGCCACACACCUAUGCACUUAUACACAAAACACACACACACACAGACACCCAAAAUGCUAACAACACUGCAAAUACACUUCCAAUAAUAAAAUCCUACCAAUUAAGCAAA